AUGUUGACUGAGGGAACAUUCGGCUUCACUGCUACGACAUUUGGUCCGAGAUUCUCCAGUGGUCCGUUGUCCUGGGCUGAAAACAUCGACUCUUAUCAGGCCCUCAAGCACAAUAACAAUGAUCCCGAGGAGGGAUCUGAAAUGCCACUCGCCGUGACGUGGUUUCAAGUGACACCGUCAGGCAAAGCUUGA